CCAUUGGGUCCGGGACUCAAAUCACCGGAAGCACGAACUUUGGAGUACUUGGAAGAGGUGGCCAUCGCUACUGCCAAACAGAUUGCGAGCGGGAAGCUGAAGGUUACGCGACAAAGACCUCUCACUGAAAGACUUCUUCGCUCUGCAAUUGGCGUUAGUUUUAUUAGAGACAAGAUUUUUGAUAAGGCGAGGGCUCAGGUCAUGAAAUUGACAAAUGGCUUAUAUCCCGCUCCCCUUAAAAUCAUAGAAGUAGUGAAAACUGGUUUAGAAAAAGGACAGCCGUCUGGAACUGAAGCCGAGAUAAAGGGUUUCGGAGAACUGAGUCAAACUCCACACUCGAAGGCAUUGAUAGGUCUAUUCCACGGACAGACACUCUGCAAGAAAAAUAAAUUCGGAAAACCUGCCAAAGUGCCCAAGACAUUGGCUGUAUUGGGUGCCGGCCUAAUGGGCGCCGGUAUAGCACAAGUAUCUGUUGAUAAGGGCUAUCAAACUAUCUUAAAAGACGUGUCGACCGCUGGUUUAGUUCGUGGCGAACAACAAAUCAGAACAGCU